AUGGGCAAACGUAAUCGUGCUGCCUUACUACCUACAAACCUUCCACAACUUCAAAACUUGAUAAAACGUGAUCCACUUUCGUACAAAGACGAUUUUCUGCAACAAUAUAGACACUAUGAGUCUCAGUUGUCGAUAUUUAAGCUGAAACCUAGUGAGGGGACUGAAGAGUUUUCAUGUCUUAUUAUUUUUAUUGCACAGGUAGCAGAUUGCUAUCCACAGGAAACCUCUACUUUCCCACAAAACGUAAUUGACAUACUAUCAGAAAACUAUCAAAUAAUGCACCCGGAUCUUCGAAAAACGCUGGUCCAGAGUCUUGUUAUGUUGCGUAAUAAGGAUAUUAUUCCAAGUAGUAGGUUGUCUAUUAUCUCUCUUCUUCAUCUUAUUCCGCGCACACGACAAGCAACUUCGCGACUCAUUAUACAACUAUAUUAUCGCCGACAUAAAAAACGCGAAUGUGGUGGUCGAGGUGGUGUAAAUAGUGGCAGUAUGUCAUCGUGUGGAUCAACAAUGAGUGAUCACGCCAUUGCGGCAAAAAAAAGUUUGGAUGUUUGUAUUGAACUGUAUAGAAAAGGAAUUUGGAAUGACGCUAAAACUGUCAAUGUUAUAUCGGAGGGGUGUUUUCACAGCGUGACAAAAAUCAAAGUGGCCGCUAUACAAUUCUUUUUGGGCAAUGAUUUAGAUGAUGCUAAUGGUAGUAGUGAUGACGAGGGCGAGACACCUGAUAUCAAACGCCUCCAACAUAUCAACCUAAUCAACAAAAAAAAGAAAUCUACGUCUCGAAAAAUGGAAAAGGCUAAAGCCGUACUAAAAAAGCAAAAUAAGAAAAAGAGUAAACCGGAAACUUUUAAUUUCUCGGCUCUGCAUCUGAUAAACGAUUCUCAAGGAUUUGCCGAGAAACUUUUUUCAUCCUUGCAAAAAUCAUCCAACAAUGAUCGCUUCGAGGUCAAACUAAUGACCAUGAACCUUAUAUCGCGCAUUAUCGGUGUGCAUAAGCUUACAUUGUUGGGUUUCUAUCCAUACAUUAUGCGAUAUAUUCAGCCUCAUCAACGCGAUGUGACAAUGGUGCUGGUGGUCCUUGCGCAAGCUACUCAUGAAUUAGUGCCGCCGGAUACCCUUGAACCGGCAUUGAAAGCAAUUGCUAAUAAUUUCGUGUCUGAUCAUUGUGCGUCAGAGGUCAUAACCGUUGGACUGAACGCUAUUAGAGAAAUUUGUCAGCGUCAACCACUCGCAAUUGAUGCUACACUACUACAAGAUCUUACAGAGUAUAAGUCAAGUAAAGAGAAAAGCGUUAUUAUGGCUGCACGGUCGCUAAUCGGAUUAUAUCGGGAAGUUAAUCCAGAGAUGUUAAAAAGCAAGGAUCGCGGAAAAGAAGUUAGCAUGAAUAUUAAAGAAUUCAAACCACUACAAUAUGGAGAGGUUCGUUCGAUCGAUCGUAUUGCAGGAAUUGAACUUUUGGAAGAGUAUAAAGAACGAACACAACAGGAGGGUGGUGUUGUGCAAGAUGAAUGGGCAGAAUGGGAAAUAGCAUCAUCAUCAGAAAACCCUUCCUCAGAUGGAGAGUGGAUUGACGUGACCUCAGAUGGCAAUGAUAUUGUUAUUACCGAUAAUAGUAACAGUAAUAGUAGUGAGGAUGAAGCGGAUGAGGAUGAAAAUAAUGAAGCAUCACCAGAUGGAAAAACUGAUACUCCUCAAAAUAAAGAAAUGAUAUCAGAAAAUAGCAAAGAUACGCUGAAAAUCGAAAACCAACAAAAACCUAAAAUGUCUAAUCUCGCUACGACCAGGCUUCUCACCCCCGCAGACUUCGCGAGACUAGAAAAAUUACGAUUAGAACAAGCAGCACAAGUGGUCGAAGGAAGCAGCAACAGAAAGCGUAAACGGGAUACUUCGACAACGACAGCACAUGACGAUUUUAUCGACGUCAAUCAAAUCACCGGCCCUCGAAAGAAAGCAAAGCAGGACUACGAAGAACGUCUAGAGUCGAUUAAAGCAGGUCGCGAAGGACGUGAGAAAUAUGGGUCGUCUAAAGGCAAGAAAAAGCAGGAAGGCGCUAGCAAGACUAAUAAAGAGAAGGCUAAAAAUAAAGCGUUUAUGAUGGUUGUGCAUAAAAAGAAUGUUUUGUGCAAAAAGAAACCUAGCUUGCGGGAGAAGCAGAUGCAUAUGACGAAAAAACGAUAUAAAUCAAAGAGAAAAUAA